AUGGGUGAUUCUAUCGGUGAUACCGGAAGCUCCAUGCAUGGAGUAUCCACCGACAAGACGGGCAAGUACGAUCUCCCCGUGGACUUGGAGGAUAGGGCAACAGUUUUCAAGCUCUUCUCCUUCGCUAAACCUCACAUGAGAACGUUCCACCUCUCGUGGAUCUCUUUCUCCACAUGUUUUGUCUCGACGUUCGCGGCUGCACCACUUGUCCCCAUCAUCCGGGAGAACUUGAACCUCACCAAACAAGACGUAGGAAACGCUGGAGUUGCCUCAGUCUCGGGGAGUAUAUUCUCUAGGCUGGUGAUGGGAGCAGUGUGUGAUCUUCUUGGUCCCCGUUACGGAUGUGCAUUUCUUGUGAUGCUUUCCGCACCAACGGUGUUCUCAAUGAGCUUCGUGAGUGGAGCCGCGGGGUUCAUAACGGUGAGGUUCAUGAUAGGGUUCUGCCUAGCCACGUUUGUGUCGUGUCAAUACUGGAUGAGCACUAUGUUCACCAGUAAGAUCAUCGGUCUGGUGAACGGGACAGCCGCCGGGUGGGGAAACAUGGGAGGUGGCAUAACGCAGUUGCUCAUGCCGGUUGUCUAUGAGAUCAUAAGGCGCUGUGGUGCAACAGCGUUCACAGCCUGGAGAAUUGCCUUCUUUGUCCCUGGUUGGUUGCACAUUAUCAUGGGAAUCUUGGUGCUCACGCUAGGUCAAGAUCUCCCAGGUGGGAACCGAAAUGCCGUGGAGAAAAAGGGAAAAGUUGUCCAAGACAAACUUGGGAAGAUUAUGUGGUGUGCCGUUAGUAACUACAGGACUUGGAUCUUCGUUCUUCUCUAUGGAUACUCUAUGGGAGUCGAGUUGAGCACUGAUAAUGUUAUCGCCGAGUACUUCUUUGACAGGUUCCACUUGAAGCUUCACACAGCUGGAAUCAUAGCAGCAUCUUUCGGAAUGGCCAACUUCUUUGCUCGUCCAGCAGGAGGCUAUGCAUCUGACCUUGCAGCCAAAUACUUCGGGAUGAGAGGGAGGUUAUGGGCGUUGUGGAUCAUUCAGACAGCAGGUGGUCUCUUCUGCGUGUGGCUCGGCCGUGCCAACACCCUCGUUACUGCCGUUGUAGCUAUGAUCCUCUUCUCUUUAGGAGCACAAGCCGCUUGUGGAGCCACCUUUGCCAUCGUGCCUUUUGUCUCCCGGCGAGCCCUAGGCAUCAUCUCGGGUCUAACCGGGGCUGGAGGAAACUUCGGGUCAGGACUCACACAGCUUAUCUUCUUCUCCACCUCACGCUUCACAACUGAACAAGGGCUAACGUGGAUGGGAGUUAUGAUAGUUGCUUGCACGUUGCCUGUGACUUUGUGUCACUUUCCUCAGUGGGGAAGUAUGUUCUUGCCUCCUUCCACAGUUACGACGGAGCAGUAUUAUGUUUCUGAGUGGAGCGAGGAAGAGAAGGAGAAGAACAUGCAUCUAGGCAGCCUCGCGUUUGCCAAGGACGCCGAGUCUGAGGGCGGCCGAAGAGCCCAAUCAACCAUCAUUGUUUGA